CUUUCUUCCUCGCUCUUACAAGGGAAAUCCCCAAACCCUAACCUUUCGCGUUCGCAUCUAAAAUCGUUAUACUUUUGGCCUUCCAAUUUGGUUGAGCUCGCGGGAUAAUAUUUCAUUGGCGCGUGGGGCUCAUGCUCUCUCUGAUUCAUGAUUUCUAGUACAUCCGAAUUGGCAAGUCCACGCCGGAGACCAGCCGGAUUUCUACCGGACUCUUCAUGGCGUCUGCAGUGUUAGCUAAUCGUAACGAACCAAAUUGGACGCAGCCACAGCCGAGAGGCGGUGCUAAAUUCAUGGGCAAAGUCCCUUACUCUAACCCUAACCCUAAAUUGUCCAAAAAAAGGCAAUUCCAAGCGGCUCAGCCUGUCAUCAAUUUCAAUGGGCCACCAGCUAUAACGCAACCAGCUGCAUCAGACGAUGCGUCUUCAAUAAACAGGAGGCCGGCGAGUGAUUUCAACGGUGUUGGAUAUGUGACGUUUAAUAUCGCGUCAUAUUCAAAGAAAGAACUGGUGGAGCUGAAGAAUCGUUUGGUUGAGGAGCUGGAACAGAUCCGGCAGCUGAAGAAUCGAAUCGAUUCCUCUGAGUUCCAGGUCAGAUCUACCUCCAAUUUCCACAACAAGAAACCAAUCGCCACGACCAACAGCAACAAGAAAAUUUUGGGGAACAAGAGGCCGUUUCCAGCAGCGAAUUUUGGAUUUGGGGCCAAAGACACGAAGCGAUUGAUUCAUCCGGAGCACGGCCAAUUGAUGAAAAAAUGUGCCCAGAUUUUGUCGAAAUUGAUGAAGCACAAGCAUGCGUAUAUAUUUAAUGUGCCGGUGGAUGUUGAGGGUAUGAAGCUCCAUGAUUAUUUUGAUAUAAUCAAGAAUCCUAUGGAUUUGGGUACCGUCAAGUCUAAAUUGGGGAAAGGUUUGUACGAUUCUCCCAUGGAUUUGGCUGCUGAUGUGAGAUUGACCUUCAACAAUGCCAUGAAGUAUAACCCUAAAGGUCACGAGGUGUAUAGUCUUGCCGAGCAGCUUCUGUCCAGAUUUGAGGAAUGGUACCGACCCAUUAGAGGAAAAAUUGGUGAGGAUGAUCAGGAUCUGGUGGAUGAGCAUGAGCAAGUUCAAGAAGUGCAAGCUAGUUCUUGGGAUCACAUACCCAAUCGUUGUGAAAUUGAUAGAGUGAAGAAAGAUCAGGAAAAUAUAACACAUGCGCCUAAAUCUGAUCCAAUUGGGAAAUCAAUGCCACCAAUUGGGUCUAACGCUCAAUCUACAUCGCAGUUGCCUGUACGAACUCCUUCCCCAAUGCGAGCGCCUCCAGUGAAGCCCGUUAAGCUACCUAAACCCAAGGCCAAAGAUCCUAACAAGAGGGAGAUGUCUCUUGAGGAGAAGCACAAGUUGGGGAUUGGGCUUCAGAGUUUGCCUCAAGAGAAGAUGGAGCAAGUGGUUCAGAUAAUAAGGAAGAGGAAUGGGCAUUUGAGGCAGGAGGGAGAUGAGAUUGAGCUAGACAUUGAAGCUGUUGAUACAGAGACUCUGUGGGAGCUCGAUCGGUUUGUGACCAAUUAUAAGAAGAUGGUUAGCAAGAUAAAGCGUCAAGCAUUGAUGGGUAUCAACAAUAUGUCUGCUGCUAGCGAAGGCAAUAAGGGGGCACUUGGAAAUGAGAGGAUGGAUGUUGCAACCGAGGCAAAGAAGCCAAAGAAAGGUGAUGCAGGUGAUGAGGAUGUGGAUAUUGGGGAUGAGAUGCCAAUGAGCAGUUUCCCUCCUGUGGAGAUUGAGAAGGACAAUGGCCAUGCAAGUAGUAGUUCUAGCAGCUCGAGUAGCUCCAGUGAUGAAUCUUCCUCAUCCAGUGAUUCUGAUUCAGGAAGCUCUUCAGGGAGUGAUUCUGAGGAUGCACAUUCGUAACGGCAGAGAUAGAAGGAUGUGGGAUUUUGCUUUAAAGCUUUGAAGAACGGGUUCUUGAGGUCCAUUGCACUUGGAAAUGGAAGAGGUACUGCUUUUUGUCGUUGAUUUGGAACUCUAUAUCUUGAAAUGUGGGAAAAAGCUUGAUGAGGCUUGAAAAAUUGUUUUGUACAGGGAGGGUUCUCGAUUGUGUUGUUUGUUGAUUGCAGCAAUUGGGAAGAUAUGAUGGAAGAUUGGUUCUAGGAUUUACAUUGGCUGGAGGCUGCAACUUGGAAGUAAUUGAUUGUGUAUAAUUUGUAGGUUAGAGGGGUAAGAGAUGCAGUGAAAAGGUUUUAAGGAAAUGGGUAGGGCUUCAGAGGAAGAGGUAAAUUAGAGAAUGAAUGAGUCUGUACACAUCAGAAUGCUUAAUACAAGCCUUUUAGCUACACUGUGCAUACCAUUUUAAUUGGGUGUGAUUGGCUUAAUAUGAGGAAGUGCCAAAGUAAAAAAAGAAAAAAUUGCGCAAGAGGUGUGUGGCUAAGGAACAUUCUUGGCUUGACGUAAUAGAUUUGGUCUAGGAAAACAUGCAAAUAUUGUAAGGACAUUCUUAAUGAAGUGAUGUGUGAUUGGUGGGCAAAGGGAAAAUUCUAAUUAGCCGUAAUAACCUUUCAUGAGGAGAUGGGACCCGAGACGCUGUUAUGCCCGUGAAAGUGAAUGAUGAUACCCUUGUGCCUGUGGAAAUUGGUGUAAGAUUGAUUGAAGCUGGUUUGCUGCAUUGCCCAUCGAUAUUAGGCCUUCAUUCCAAGUUCAAACUUACUCUGCUUCAGCGUGAUGCCGUAGGAUUUUUCUUUUCUUUUUUGUACACCUAGUUAUACUUUUGUAUGUACAGAACCCCUUUUUCCCCAUUUUUUUUU